UACAAGUUCAACAAAAAUGACACAAAAUGGGCCUGGUUAUGGGCUUCAUGUCUUCCAUUGGGCUUUAGUACCAACACACCACAGUGAGCAUAAUCCUGUGUUAUUCUCCACUUUCACCACCGGCAAAAUGGCUCAGCUGCUCAGGCCGUUAAUCCUCUCGCCGGCGUCUAAACAUCCUUUCCGGCAAUGCAUAAACCAUGUUUUCCACUCAAAACCGACGCAUAUUCUCACUGGAAGUUUCACUCACCGUCAAAUCAUUACAACAACAAGUUCAACAACUCUUCUUCACCGGAGAAAUCUUCAUGUAUCCCGAGCUCGCGGUCUCCGUCCGGCUGACGCUCCGCUGACGUCAGAUCUCAGUCAGAGUGAUAGCGAAUCGGAUUCAUCAGACGGAGAACGGAAGAGCCGGAACGAGAAGAAACGAGAAGCUCGUCGCGCUUUUCGUUGGGGCAUGGAGCUUGCUGAGUUUAAUGAUAUCCAGAUUAAACGUAUCCUCAGAGUUGUUGAGCUUGAAGAAGAGGUGUUUAGUGCUCUCAUGUUGGUGAAGAGAUUAGGUCGUGAUGUCCGGGAAGGAAAGCGAAGGCAGUUCAGUUAUAUAGGAAGAUUAUUACGUGAUGUGGAACCUGAAUUAAUGGAUGGACUGAUAAGAGCAACAAAAGAUGGGGAUCAGCAGACGUUUCAGCAAUUAUCUAGUUCAGCUAAUCCGGAUCUUGGAGACACCAGUGAAGAGGAAGAAGAAAUUGAUUAUGAGGAUGAAGACGAGGGGUUUGGUGAUCACCGUGAUAUAGCAACCAAAUGGUUUGAUGGUUUGGUUAACAAAGAUGUAGAUAUCACUAAUGAGAUUUACUCUCUUAGUACUGUAGACUUUGACCGCCAAGAGUUACGUAAACUUGUCCGAACUUUUUGCUCACUGCAAGUCCGUAAUGCCACAUCAGCAGAAAACGAAGGAGAACCAGAUAAAAAACUAUUAAAAGCCAAAAAGCUAUUAACCCGUUUUCUGGUCGCCGUUGCUAAGCAGCUACCUACUGAAGAACACUACAUACUUUAGUCUUCAUAUUCCCAAACAUAUAAAACAACUAUAUAGGACAUGUGACGGGUUUACAGUGGCUUCCGAGUCAAAGAAAGCCAACUUGGUUCACCCACAGUUCGGUUUUUUAUGCUGUUAAGAUAUAAACUGUCGGAAGACCUCGAAAGUUUUCGAGUGGUGUUUGUAUAUUUUUGUACUGCAAUUUGUUAGAUGUUUUAGAUUAUGGUAAUUUAUAUUUUAUACAUAUAUAAUUACUUAGCUCA